AUGGUACACGGCUGUUUUUACCGACUGGCCGCAAAUUCGUCAGCGCUCAAAUACCUGCCUCAGGUUGGCCUUGACGCACAUGCAACUGUUCUCGCUAGCAAUUCACGAACAGUAAUCACGCAGACCUUUGUGAACCCUUCUUCUACAGAAGCAAUCUCCGAAGUCUUCUACUCGUUCCCCCUAUAUGAAAGCUCCAGUAUCGUCGGCUUCACUUGUCGCCUGGGCGAUACUGUGAUUGAAGGAAUAGUCAAGCCAAAAGAAAAGGCAAAUGAGAUAUAUCAAGAAGCAAAGUCUAAGGGCCAAACCACUGCUAUUCUCGAUCGGUCGCUUAGUGCCGCCGAUGUCUUCAGCACGCGCCUAGGAAAUGUCCCAGCGGGGGGUACCGUUCUCGUCGAGAUUACUCUCAUCCAAGAACUGGCCCAGGACGCCAAGACAGAUGGCGUUCGAUACACGAUCCCCGUUACUAUUGGACCUCGAUAUGGAACUAGAGUUGGGCUUCCGCAUCCGCCCCAAGGAGUUCUAGUAAAAACAGCGAUAAAGGUGGACGUUGUCAUGGAGAAGGGGUCUAAUAUCCGCAACAUACGGUCACCAAGCCAUCCAAUCCAGGUGGACUUGGGCCGGACAGCUGAUAUGCCGGAGUCAACUUUUGAGUCGAACUAUGCCUCAAUCCAACUUCGUGAGAAUGUGACAAUUGACGAGGAUUUCGUUAUCACCGUCAACGCGGACAAACAAGAUCUCCCAUUUGCUUUCUUAGAGACACACCCUACAUUGCCAAAUCAGAAGGCACUAAUGGUCUCCCUGGUACCAAAAUUCAGUCUGCCACCGGAUUCAUCUGAAAUCGUGUUCGUCAUUGAUCGUAGUGGAAGUAUGAUGGAUAAGAUGCGUACUCUACGUUCCGCCCUUGGGCUGUUUCUCAAGUCGCUGCCGUUGGGUGUACCUUUCAACUUAAUCUCGUUUGGCUCCUCAUCUGAAGCUCUCUGGGCUCGAAGCAAAGUGAGUACCAGAGAGAGCCUAGAAGAGGCUCUUCAGUAUACGAAGAAGAUCCGGGCCGAUCUAGGUGGAACUGAAAUCCUGUCCGGCCUCGAAGCAGCUGUGGAGAAGCGCUACCAAGACAAGGUCCUUGAGGUGUUGGUUCUCACUGAUGGUGAGGUUUGUGACCAGUCCGAGGUCUUCGAUCUGGUCAAUCAGGCCAACCAGCAGCAUUCCUCUCGGUUCUUCACUCUCGGCCUCGGGGAUUCCGUUUCCCACUCUCUUAUCAAUGGUAUCUCCAGAGCGGGCAAGGGCUUUACCCAGACGGUCCUGAACAAUGAGGACCUGAAUAGAACAGUGGUUCGAAUGCUGAAGGGUGCUUUGAUGCCUCGACUGCACAACAGCAGACUGGAUGUGGACAUUUCCAAGGUUGAGGUUGAAGAAGACUUCGUGAAGGUUCAACUUCCUGGUGAUGAUACAACAGACACGGAGCCCUCUCCGAAGCAAAUUUCCCUAUUCGAUCAAGAUCAUAAAGAAGGGGAAGGAAUUGGUGAUGUGCGUGAGCCACUGCCGAAAAUUGCUGUUCCUAGCAUUUUGCAAGCACCACACGACCUUCCGGCUCUGUUCCCAUUCAUACGCUCCAAUAUCUACUUGCUUCUCUCACAGUCCAUUGAUUCGUUUCCGGAGACGAUCGCCCUUCGUGCCAACAGCAAACACGGUCCCCUAGAGCUGGAAAUCCCCGUUCAAGAUAUUGGCAAAGGCCAAACUGUUCAUCAGCUCGCGGCCAAAAAGACGACCACCGAGCUUGAGGAGUCCCGCGGCUGGAUAUACUCUGCAAAGAAUGCCGAAUGCGAGUUGAUUAAGACAAAAUGGGAGAGUCGGGUUGACGAACUGGUUCAGACAGAAUGCGAGCGUCUGGGGGUGAGAUUCCAAAUCGCAGGGAAACACUGCUCAUUUGUCGCGGUGAGCGAUGAGGCCCCGGCUGAGCAUGAUAGUAACUCAAAGGAUGCCAAGGUAUGCAAACAUAGAAAUGCUACUUACUCUGCGGAGUAUUACAGUGCAUCGCCCGAAAGUGUCGAUUCCGGCGCCCUGCAGCCCCCGCCCGCAUUCUCAGGACUCAGCGUCCCGGAGGCCUCUGCAUUCAACCUGGACUUCAGCGCAAUGGGCAGCCCAGACAUCCUGCAAACCUUUGACUUGGACACAUCCCUCAACACCGAUAACGACACCGCUGGAUUCGAGCCGAAGAGCAAAAAGGCCAAAACAUCCCAGAUGUCGCAUGGACCUGACUCGCAGGUAUCAUUUUCCCCGAUGACUCCAUCUUACGGCGCUACGUCGCCGGGUUACACCCCUACUUCCCCUGGUGGUAUACCUAGCCCCCCAAUUUUCCGCCCAGCUUAUGCCCGCUUCAAGUCUACACACGCUUGUAUUCCUGAUUUCAGUCACAUUCCUUCCAAUUCUUUCAAUCCAGAGGGCUCAUGUAGUGGCUACGGUUCUCCUACAAGCCCAGGGUACUCACCUGCGUCCCCAGCAUACGGAUCUGCGGCUGGUAGUUAUUCACCUAAGUCACCCAUUUGGGAGGAAGACGACGAUGAAGACGCAGACGCGGCAUCAACCCUCCCUUUAAAUAAACUCAUCCAGCUCCAGACUUUUGAAGGUCACUGGGAGAUGAGCGAUGCACUGUUGCAGGUCGUGAGCCUUGAUCCAAGCACUGCCCUCGUCAACAUACAAACCGACUACGACUUCCUGGCGGGAAUUGAGACGAACGAGGUAUUUGCGGUUGAAAAAUGGUCGCGUUUGAUUGCUACAUCUCUGGUGUGUCGAUUUUUGGAGACAAAUGAAGCUGAGUCUCACGAUGUGUGGGAGUUGGUAAAGGUCAAGGCGGAUGGCUGGGUACAAGCUGAGAUUGCUGCAAUGGCCACUACUGAUCGAGAACUCGUCACUAAGCUCAUAGAGCGGCUUGGCUCUCUGUUCUGA